ACCAACGGACGGUGUUAUCCAAUGUUCAUUGUUGGAAGAACGUCGAAACGAGAGUAUUCACGUUCCUUCCAUUUAAACGAGCACAUCAUUUAAACAGAAAUUUACUUGAAAUUACAGCAAAAUGUUGUUCUUUGGAGUGUUGUCUCUUCUAUUGGUAGCCGCAUCUGGUCAAAAGUGUUACAAAAAUGUUACUUCGGCUUGUGAGCGCAAUGAUAAACCAAUUGACGGUAUAACACUUCCUGAGUGCAGUGCUAAAUAUGGUUCAAUUGCUCUUAAUGUUAACAACUUUGAGACUGGAUUACAAAAAUUUGCAGUUGCAAAUUUGCAUGAAAGUUUUCAUCUUUUAUAUUUGUCAACUUACUUUGGCAACUAUAAGGUUAAUCGUGAAGGAUUUAAAAAAUUAUAUCGUCAUUACUCUGAUAAAUUAUGGGAAGAUGCAAUUGACAUAAUGAAAUAUCUUACGAAACGAGGUGGUAAAAUGAACUUCCAACACUCAGUGGAUAAUGAAUUACACAUAAAGGGUGAUGGCAAGUUGACAACUGUAAGUGAACUAGGAAGUUUAGGUUUGGUACUUGAUCAUAUGAAGGUACUUGCUAAGGCAGCAUUUGAAAUUCAUGCUAGCCAUUCCGGAGUUAAACAAAAUGACCCAGCUAUUGCUCAUUACAUUGAAGAAAAGUUCUUGGAAUCGCACACUCAACGUAUACGAGACCUAGCCGGCUACAUAACAGAAUUGAAGGAAUUAUCAUAUACAAACUCCUGUCAUCCAACCGCUGUAUUCUUGUUUGAUGAAUUCCUUCAGAAAAGUUUGUAAAUUUCUUUUAAUUAUUAUUAAAACCAUUAAAUAUACAGAAUUCUAUACUUAUUACUAUUAAUAUUUUUUAUGUUAACAACUUAUUCACUAAAAAUUAUACUUUUUCGUUCUACUUAUAUAAAAUUCUAUAUGUAAAAAUAAUGGAUGUACCAUAAAAUGUUAUAUCUUUUUUGUCACAUUUCAUCCAAUAAAGAUCAUACUUUAUAUUUA